UUUUGUCGACGUGUUAGGACAGGGGACGAGCGGGGGUUGCGCUGCGUAAUUUGGAGAUGUAAAAAAUGAUGACAAGGAUUGGUGGGGCUGUGUGACAUUGAACAUACAGGACACGAAACAGACGAGGUCGUUUAAAGAGCCAUACACCAUUUCCAAGUUUGUCAUGUCCUGGAAAAUUUUUCCACCGGGUUGUCGGUGAUAACGGAGCAGUGAACGUUACUGGGAAGUCGAGGGACAUUGUAGCAGCUGAGUGCCCGUUUAUUUGCAGAUUAUGUUAACGUUGCAACGUCUGUAGCGGCUCGGUGCAGGGAACUACCCCACAUUCAGAACAGACCGGAGACGUCAUCAGCAUUUUCCUGUAUUUAAAUGGUUGCGUAUGAGGAGGUCAUUGCUGAAAAAAAGGGGAUAUUAUUCGGAUAAAGAAGAAGGUGAAAGCCAAAAGUCAACUGAAGAUUUACUGGGUGUCCUAAAUGGGGGACUACGGGUUUGGAGUUCUGGUGAAGAACAGCAGUGGUAACAAAUCUGCUUUCCCUGUAAGGAUCCCUCCUCACCUCCAACCCCAGCACCCACACCACCCCUCCAACCCCCCCAGCCCCCCCUCCUUCGUAAACAACACCUGCUCCACCAAUGGGGGCAGUGCUUGGCUGUUUCCUGCCGUAGCCCAACACAGUAACAUGCAAGAUGAGAUUCUGGAGUCAGACAAGUCCAAGGCCUUGGACCUGCAGGACAUGCAGGAGAAGUCUCAGGUCCAGGCCCAACCUCAGGCCCUCUCUCCAGGCCAGCAGGAGGCCGGCGGAGGCUUAGGGGAGCUGGAGGGAGCUCUGCCAGAAGACGGUUCAUUGGAGAAGGGUUCUUUGGAGAGCAGCGGUGGGAAAGAGAAGCUUAGGAUGGAGUCCCCGGUGCUAAGCGGGUUUGACUACCAGGAUAGCCUGGGAAUGGGUACAAGCUGUGCACAGUCCACCUCUUCCUCCUCCUCGCUGACUAGCUUCAACAACUGGUCCCCUGCUGUCCCAUCCACUCAGUCUCCAGUGGUUGGAGACGACGUUGGAGGAUUCUUCGGCCCCGCUGGCUCCAACGCCAACGGACCUCCCCUGCUGUUCCAAAACUUCUCCCACCACGCCGGACCUGGCUUUGGAGCGGGAGGUAGCUUCUCCCCGCAGAUUGGACCAGUCUCCCAGCACCACCCUCCCACACCUCACCCCCAGCACUACCAUCCUCACGGCCAGGGGGUCCCACAGCAGCACCGGCGCUCCCCAGCUAGCCCUCACCCGCCUCAGCCCUCCUUCCCUCCGCACGCUCAUCGCACCGGAGCCUUCCCCCAGCUGCCCCACCUCGCUCCCGCUCAGAGCAAACCCCCUUCGCCUUGGGGAAGCUACCAGAGUCCCUCCACACCCACAUCCACCUCCUGGAGCCCUGGAGGUUAUGGUGGCUGGGGAGGCACGCAGGGGGUCCGAGAGUACCGGCGGGGGGUAGGUGGAGGCAUGACAGGCCUGAACUCAAUCUCCCCGCUAAAGAAAUCCUUCCCAAACAACCAGGUUCCCUCCCAGAAGUUUCCCAGAAAUAGCUCUGGCUUCAAUCAUAAGGGCUGGGUGGAGGACAGCAUGAGCCGCUGUGAUAGUGUCUACCCUUUCCAGCAGGAGAGAACACGGUCCUUUGAUGGUUUCAGUAUGCACUCUCUGGAGAACUCUCUGAUUGACAUUAUGAGGGCUGAGCAGGAUUCCUUGAAAGGUCGCUACAGCUUCUCUCACCAGGGUGGAGACGGGCCUCUACCUAUGAAUGCGAGAAGUUAUGGCAGAAGACGAGGUCAUUCCUCUCUGUUCCCCAUGGAGGAUGAGCGCUCUUUUGGAGAGGACGAGUCAGGUGACCAGGGGCUUGCUGGCCUUGGUUCAGCCCACUGUUUCCCCCACCUCAACGGUGAACGUGUGGAGCGUUACUCUCGCAAAGUGUUCGUUGGCGGGCUGCCCCCAGAUAUAGAUGAAGAUGAAAUCACUGCCAGUUUCCGUCGCUUUGGUCACUUGUUUGUAGACUGGCCUCACAAGGCAGAGAGCAAGUCCUAUUUUCCACCAAAAGGAUAUGCGUUCCUGCUGUUUCAAGACGAGAGCUCUGUUCAGGCUCUGAUUGAUGCCUGCAUUCAAGAGGAUGGGAAGCUUUACCUGUGUGUCUCCAGCCCCACCAUCAAAGACAAGCCUGUCCAGAUCCGACCCUGGAACCUAAAUGACAGUGACUUUGUAAUGGACGGCUCUCAGCCGUUGGACCCAAGGAAGACCAUCUUUGUAGGAGGUGUCCCUCGUCCCCUUCGCGCAGUGGAGCUUGCCAUGAUCAUGGAUCGUCUGUAUGGGGGAGUGUGUUACGCUGGGAUUGACACAGACCCUGAACUCAAGUAUCCAAAAGGGGCGGGGCGAGUGGCCUUCUCCAAUCAGCAAAGCUACAUUGCAGCCAUUAGUGCCCGAUUUGUUCAACUGCAGCACGGGGAGAUUGAUAAACGGGUGGAAGUGAAGCCAUAUGUUCUGGACGACCAGCUGUGUGAUGAGUGCCAGGGCACCCGCUGUGGGGGGAAGUUCGCUCCUUUCUUCUGCGCCAACGUGACCUGUCUGCAGUACUACUGUGAGUACUGCUGGGCAGCCAUCCACUCCCGGGCUGGCCGCGAGUUCCACAAGCCGCUGGUGAAGGAGGGCGGGGACCGACCACGACACAUCUCCUUCCGCUGGAACUAAGGCGAGAGGGCAAGGGAGGGAGAGAACGCAGGAUCGGGGAGGGAUUGAGAGAAAAGGGGUAGUUAGGGAAGGGGUACGGGCUACGAUAUGAAAAAUAAAUGCACUUUUCUUUUAAGUUAAAAAAAAAAAAAAUACUUAAUUUAUUUUUUAUUUUUUUUUAAUUGGGCCCUCUAAAAGAAGUAAAUGCUAAGAAGAGAGUGAAAUCCCAUUUAUGUUUUGACUUUAAGUGUGCAUGAGCAUAUGGAUGCAUUAGAUUUGGAUUUAGAUGUUUUCUGACUUGACUGUACUUUCUGUUGGUGUUAGCUGGCAAAGCUGCUUACAUUUGUUGUCAAGAGUAACAUAAAAUUUAAGUGAGGUUCAUCAUACCUAAAUCAGUAUACUAACUAUGGAAGUUGCGUUUUAAGAAGGGUGCAUUUUCUUACUUUUUGCUUGCAGGAUUAGAGAACAACUGUACCAUUUACCAAAGGUUGAGUGCAAAUGGUUGGGUUGAACAGAGGAGGAACACCGUUUCAGAUGGUCGGAUGAUGAUUGAGUUUUUUUUCAAGCAGCUCAGUGUACAGAAUCUGGCCACGUCACAAAACAAAAUCUCCCCUCAGUCUGGCACAUGUGUUUAGAUUGCUGGCAUGAGUUUUUAGGUCUUGGUUUAAAAGUCGACACUUUGUAACCAGAAAGGGCAAACCAAAGAUUGGCCUAAAACGCAUCAUCAAAAGCAGAUGUUGAUCUGAGGGUUGUCAAGGAGAAUGGUGUGUCCUCUUGUCAUAUGGCGGAGGAAGGCUGGAGUUGUCUGGAGUUUCGGUCAGUGGGUUUCAGCUAAUAAAGACACAGCCCUCAGGGCUCAGGUAUUGGCAGUAGUAUUUGCUCACUUUAUAUUGUCAGGGAUAUUAGCACUGGAAGCUAACAUGCUAAUGUAGUACAAACUAAUGGGAAUGCACAGUCCAGUCUCCCUGAGCUGUCCUCAUGGUGUACCACUGCACGCUCUACCAUGACUGGAGCUUCUAUCACAAGUGUUGUGGUUGGAUAUGGUAGUAGCUAGAAUUUGCUGUCACAGAGAUAAAGAUAUUAUUUUAUACAUGGCCUGCUGAUUUUUGUACAGUGUUUUAUAGCUGAUUAUUUUGUCAUGAACAUAUAUACAUUUAUUAUGCACUACUUUUCUAAAUAUUUUUUUCAAUAGUCAUUUUAGGCACAUUUUUCACAGAUGGGAGAACUCCUUUUGCAAUACCUCAUUUUUUUCACUUGGUGAAAAAUAAUUUUGUACCUUUGUUACUAAGAGAUCUGCAUUUAUGGUAAACUUAAUUUAAAAAAGAAAAUGAAUGAUAUUAAUAUAAUUUUCAAUUAGCUUUUAUAUAUUUAAGUGCUGGUAAAUCUGAAAAUUGUCUGGUGCAUUGGUGUGAUUCUGUAGAUAAAAAAAAAAAAAUAAGGCUAUCAUUAGCCAGUCAUAUAUGGAUUCUCCUCUGUCCUAAUUAACAUAAUUACAGGAUCCUAAGGCAUGACAAGACCUUUCUAAAAUGAUUUUGAUAGUCUUGAAAAUAUAUUCUGAUAUUUCGCUCCUAGGUGUAGUCAAUAAGAUUAUCAAUAGGGUAAAUGUUUUGGCUUUGGUCAACGUGAAAUCUUCCCUUCUAUCACCGGAGUGGAUAUCAGCUGUUUGAAUAUUUAGAUCCUCUUUAUGGGACUGCCUGUAAGUUCUACUUAUUCUUGGCAUGCAUAAUGUAAUACAAAAAUAACAUGGCUAGUGUUAAUGCAGGACCUAAUGUAAUGCACUAGAUCUCCUUUUUGCUUUUUAACUUUCUUUUCCUUAUCUCUUUGAGAUCACCUCUCUUGUAGCCUCUCUUUACAUGAUGGAGUCUGCCUUCCUUACACAGACAUGAUGUUUAUGCAAUCUACACAGUGACAACACUUUGGAUGCGUUUUGUAAUGUAGAGGUAGGACAUAGGUGAGAAGACUUGAUCACUUGACCCCCUUUGUGAUGUGGCAUGCUUUGGGACAUAACCUGAAUGUGAUUUAAUGUUGCAAGUUAACUUUGAGCCAUUAUGUGCAAUACUUAUUCUUUCCAGAAACAAGUCUCCGCAGUGUAAGUCAUUUAAUCCAUAUAAACCAUGCAGUCAUUUACACAUUAUUUGUUUCCUAUUGUUCAUGCUGAUGUCUGCAAGAAAAAAAAACUAAUUUAUACCUGAAUUUAUUUUUAAACAUUAGUUUUGUGCUUAUUUACUUAUUUUGCUACUACCAUGCUACUGUGAUUGAAAACAUUGUAUAUACUAGGUCGAUAAUGUAUUUAGCAUUUGCUAUAUUUUCAAUUGAAAUGUAUACCUAUCAUUUUGAUCAGAUUUUUGUUAUAUUUUUGGGGUGAUGUGUUAAACUCGUUGAUGUGUCUAGUUUUUCUAAUUGCUGUAUUGUGCUCCACAUUUUCAGAUGAAAAGAAUAUUGAUUAUGUCUGUUAGUAUUACUUGAUUGCAAGAUUUCAAUAGUUUUUAAUUGUAUGCUGGGAAGGUUAUAUUUAUUAACUUUUUUUUUUUUUUUACCUGAUAUCAUUUUGAUUUUUAUUAAGUCAUUUCACAUUUAUACGUAAGUUCAAAUUUUUAUAUUUUCUUCCUGAUUAAUUUACGCUACAAUACAGACGUCAGUUUUUAUAGUUGGUUUGUAGUAUUGAAGUAAAACAAAGAUCUAAUGUCAUAUAUUCAUUUGCUGCCAACUGUUUGUAACUGUAUGCAUACAUUUGAAGUAUUUGUAAUGUGAGAUGUUGAACGAAUAAAACAGCUGUGAGGAAGAAA